CUAAUAGACGUCUAUUUGAUAUCUGAUAGGAAACGUCCUACAGACCAAUAGCAAAUGAGCAAACACUCAAAAAAAUACGUCUUCCAGAUGUAAAUGCAGACGUCCAAUAGAUGCCUCCGUGAUGUACAGUAUGUGUGUUAUCGGCAGAAAUUGUUGGAAAACAUGGGUAAGGCAUGGUGACCAACCAUAGAUGCAAUUCUGCUUCCCACCAAGAUGUUUCCUGGACCAGGAAAGCAGACAACUGCAAAAAAAAAAAAAAAAAAAAAAAAAAAAAAAAAAAAGUCAUAAUACUGUAAUUAACUUGCAAGUAAGCUUGCAUGAUAGUCUCCUAAAUUAAUCUAAAAGCUUUAACAAUGCAGGCAUAUCAGUGUUGUUAUUUUUAAACUAAACUAAAGCUAAAACUCAUUGAUUAUUGUCGACAGUUGUAAUAAAGAUGAAACAAAAUAUUAUAUGAAACAAUAAACGUAAAAAACGUAAAGAAUGAAAAAAAUAACAUGAAGUACUAAAAUUAUUCAAACUAACGGUGAAAAUAAAAAUAAAAACUGUCUUUAUCACAACCCUCAGCACAAUUUUGUUUUAUAGGAAGAUAUUUGUCCCCAUCUAACGGUGUGAUACUCACACAGCAUCGGAAAAGUGGGUUAAACUGUGCUGACGUCAGACGCAAAAGAGCGUCGCUGUAUUUUCCUCAUCGAUUCGCAGGUGUCUCUACCGGCCAUCACGAAGGAGUUGCAGUACGUACUUAGAAUGACAUUGGGAGCAGUUGCCUCUGUGAUCCUGGCCAUAGGAGGAGCCGCAGUGUUUUCUGCUCUUCAUAAGAUUGAAGAAGGACAUGUGGGUGUUUACUACAGAGGUGGAGCUCUGCUGACCACCACCAGUGGCCCUGGCUUUCAUUUGAUGCUGCCUUUUAUUACUACAUUCAAGUCUGUGCAGACAACACUACAAACAGAUGAAGUAAAGAAUGUUCCAUGCGGCACAAGUGGAGGUGUAAUGAUCUACUUCGAUCGCAUUGAGGUGGUGAACUAUCUUGUUCCCUCAGCAGUUUAUGGAAUUGUGAGAAACUUCACUGCCGACUACGACAAAGCUCUGAUUUUCAACAAGGUUCACCAUGAGCUGAAUCAGUUCUGUAGCGUGCACACACUUCAGGAGGUCUACAUAGGUCUAUUCGAUCAAAUAGACGAGAAUCUGAAGCUCACGCUGCAGGAGGAUCUCACCAGCAUGGCACCUGGACUUAUCAUUCAGGCGGUUCGUGUUACUAAACCAAACAUUCCCGAAAGCAUUCGCAGGAACUAUGAGCUAAUGGAGAGUGAAAGAACGAAAUUACUGAUUGCAGCUCAGACUCAGAAAGUGGUAGAGAAGGAAGCAGAGACAGAGAGGAAAAAGGCUGUCAUCGAGGCAGAGAAAGUGGCUCAGGUGGCCGAAAUAAAAUUUGGACAGAAAGUUAUGGAAAAAGAGACAGAGAAAAAGAUUUCAGCAAUUGAAGACGGCGCUUUCCUCGCUAGGCAGAAAGCAAGAGCAGAUGCAGAGUUUUACACCUCACAGAGAGCAGCUGAGGCCAAUAAGCUGAAGCUGACCCCUGAAUAUCUGCAGCUGAUGAAAUUUAAGGCAAUAGCAGCUAAUAGUAAGAUUUACUUUGGAAGUGAGAUCCCUCACAUGUUCAUGGACGCAGGACCAGGAAGCUCCUCCUCGGCUGCCUCCAAAGCCAUAGAUGCCCUCUCAGAGGGUAUACUAGACUUGGAAUGACGAGAGAAGUUGCGUUGUAGCACUGAGGAUAUGUUAACAGGUAAUGAUAGAGACAAACGGCCAGUCAUUAGACUGCAUUGGUAAUAUCAGUGCAGCUGAAACCACUUAGUACUUAGUAAAGUAACACGGUGCUGUAUCAGUGGGACCGAAAUGCGAUAUCUGCGUCUAUACCCUGGUGAGAUGAUCACAAGCCAGUGGUGGUUAACCAGAGUAUUAUACCUUUAAAUAGAACAGUGUGAACAUGAAUGUGAGAUUUAACCAAAUGCACGUAGAGAUUUGUGCAUGUUUAAGAUACAUCAAGUUUAUAAAAUUAAAGAGACAUUCCAUUUUUUUUUUACGCUGAGGGAUUGGAUUAUGUACUUAAUAGACAUCUUAGUGUCUUGAAGGCUUCUAUACCUCAGGGAUUCUUUUAUUAGGUGUACAGAAUUAAGCGCACUACUCCCAAGAACUCAGCAAAUUUUUCAAGCAAAAUAGUAAGGUCAUCUGAAAACAGUGUAGCAUGAAAGUACAUCAUUAGUUAUAUUUAUCAACUGUGUGGAAAGUUUUAUUUUGAACGCUGCAAAAAAACUUUUUACCCUAAGUGAUGUACAGUACACAAUAUCCCCCUUUAAAUCGCCAGGCGUUUUGUGCCUUUCUCGCAUAAACACUCCAAUCAUUUUCUAAUUUCUGGGGAAUUUGAAAGCCUGCGUCAGAAAUGAGUCUUUGUUGCUGUCUCA